UGUGUUGUGUAGUAUUUUGUUUCCAAACACACGCAACAUUAACACAGCGACACUGUGAUUAGAGGUUAGGGAUGUUGUCACGCUGUUAACAGGUAGGAGAAUUUCCUCCCCUCGUUGUGUGCUGGGCAGAACGCGGUGUAUUUCUUUAACCACGGCGACCCAGACUGUUCUGUUACCGUUAUCAAUUCACUUUUUGUUACAUGCCAAGUGGUCUUACGAGGCGUUAUCUUUAUCGAUUUAAUGGACGUUUGACUGGUUUGUGAUGCCCAUUUACAUCAUCGACCGAAAAUUUCCAGAGACACCUGGUGAAUUGGGACAGGCAUCGCCUGACGGACUGCUGAUGAUGGCUGACAACACCCCUAAGUCGAUGAGAAAGCCUCGGUGGACAUCACUGGAGAUUGGCCUCAUCACAAUUGUAUGUCUUCUGUUCACCAUUGUCAUAGCCCUUAGCACCCUGUUCGCAACACAAAGCAAUGGUGGCAUAUGCACCACUGCAGAUUGUACCCAGUCUGCUGCUCGCCUCAUUGCGAAUAUGGACUCGAAAGUGGACCCUUGUGAAAAUUUUUAUGAGUAUGCCUGUGGAGGUUGGUUGAAGAAGAACAUCAUUCCAGAGACCAGCUCAAGAUACAGCACCUUUGACAUCCUCCGACACGAGCUUGCUGUAGUGCUGAAAGGAGUACUGGAGAGGCAAAACAUUGGAAACAGCAGCAAUGCCUUGGCCAAAGCCAAAGUGCUCUACAAGUCCUGCAACAAUGAAAGUCUCAUUGAGCAGAGAGGCGGGUCACCUUUACUCUCAGUGCUGCCAGAUGUCCUCGAGUGGCCAAUAGCAACAGACGAUUGGGACACCAAAUAUGGAUCACAAUGGAGAGCAGAGGACAUCAUAGCCAAACUCAAUGAGAAAUAUUUGAAAGCCGUCCUUAUCAAUUUUUUUGUCAGCACUGAUGACAGGGACUCCAGUUCCCAUAUUAUUCAUAUUGAUCAGCCCAGUGUAGGCCUCCCGUCCAGGGACUACUAUGUGUGUUCAGGACCAUACAAAGAGGUCUGCGAUGCCUAUGAGACCUUCAUCUUUGACGUGGCCAAGCUAAUGCGUGCAGAGAGAAAUCUAGAUAUCAAUGAGACUGCCAUUAGAGAGGAAGUCAGCAAUAUUAUGCAGCUAGACAAAGAUUUGGCCAACGCAACAGAUACAUCAGAGGAGAGAAAUAAUCCUAUGCUUAUCUAUAACAAGAUGCAUCUUGGGGCUUUGAAGAUGAACUUCACCUUGGAAUUUAAAUCUGGUGUGUUCAACUGGACGUACUUCACCAACAAGAUCAUGGAGACAGUGAAUCUCACUGUGACAGACGCUGAAGACAUAGUUGUGUAUGCACCAAACUACCUCAGAAAACUCAGCGCUAUUCUAGAUAAGUACUCUACCAGACAAAUUCAGAACUACAUGGUUUGGCGUUUUGUGAUGAGCAUGGUGGGGGGGCUCAGCAAGGCAUACAGAGACACCAGGAAGCCACUUCAGAAGGCCAUCUAUGGGACCACAUCUGAGGCAGCCAUCUGGCAGCAAUGUGCCAAUUAUGUCAACACCCACAUGGACUAUGCAGUGGGCAGACUGUAUGUGGAGGACGCCUUCUCAAAAGACAGCAAAAGCAUGAUGGAUGAGAUGAUUGCUGAGAUAAGGGAAGUUUUCAUUAGUAACCUCAAUGAUCUCCCAUGGAUGGAUGCCGAGACCAAGAAAGAGGCUGCCCUAAAGGCACUGGCCAUUAGUGAGAAGAUUGGUUAUUCCAAAAAUAUCAUGGAUGACGACUACCUUAAUAAGGAAUAUGAAGAUGUAAACUACAGUGCAGAUGAAUACUUUGAAAACACACUGAGGACCACAGAGGUGACUCAGAAAAAGAGACUUAAGAAGCUUCGGAUAAAAGUGAACAAAGACGAGUGGAUUACAGGGCCAGCUGUUGUGAAUGCCUUUUAUUCAGCAAGCAGAAACCAAAUUGUGUUUCCUGCAGGUAUCCUUCAGCCUCCCUUCUUCAGCAAAGGUCAAGCCCGCUCCCUAAACUAUGGAGGAAUUGGAAUGGUGAUUGGGCAUGAGAUCACACAUGGCUUUGAUGAUAGUGGAAGGAAUUACGAUAAAAAUGGGGACAUGAAAGACUGGUGGAGUCCCUCAUCCUCUCAAAAGUUUCAGGAGCUCUCACAGUGCAUUGUGGACCAGUAUGGCAACUUCUCCUGGGAUCUGGCAAAUGGGCUAAAUCUCAAUGGGAAUCUUACCUUGGGAGAGAACAUUGCAGAUAAUGGGGGGAUCCGCCAGUCCUAUCAGGCUUAUCAGAACUAUGUGAAGAAACACGGCCCUGAAAAGCCUCUCCCAGGUAUUCACCUCAACCAUGAGCAGCUUUUCUUCCUUAACUUUGCACAGGUGUGGUGUGGCACUCACAGACCUGAGAAUGCAGUCAACUCUAUCAACACAGAUGACCACAGUCCAGGGGAGUUCAGAGUUAUGGGGUCAUUGCAGAACUUUCCAGAAUUUGCCAGAGCUUUUAAAUGUAAGAAGAACAAUGCCAUGAUGCCUCAGACCGCAUGUCGAGUGUGGUGAUACACUCUGAAGAGACGGAGCAAGAGGACAAAGAUCUUUCCUCUUGACACUAGACCAAUAAGGCUACAAUGGGAAGGUCCCAUUCUCCACCGAGCAGGCUAGGGCUCCCCACCAGACCUCUGCUAUGGUAGCAGUACAGAGGCAUGUGCCCCUGUUAUAGCCUGCCCUCACUGAGUUUAUUCAAAUUAUUUAAGUCUACUUGAUGAAAUUGUAUCCAGUUGCGUGUUUUGCUGUUGAUAUUUUGGAAGAUGAUAGUAAUGUGAUUUUAUUUUUUUUUAAUUGUCAAUCAAACAUUUUUCGAUGGCAGUAUGUCAUCAAGCUGUGAUGGGGAUUUUCAGUAGCAUACUUGUCAUACCACAAGCACAAGCAGAUCACAUCAGCUGGAAUCAAUCAAUGAACAGAUUCAUAUAAAAUUUGACAUUUUUACCAUGUUAUAAUGCCAAGAAUGUAUCAGAGUAAAUAUAGACAUAGAUAUAUUUCAGUGAACUAUAGAUACAUAAGCCUGUGUAAAUACACUGAUUACAUACAAAAGGUGAUGUUUCCAAAAAUGCUUUUUGAAAACCACAUUUACUUUACCUAAAUGUCAAAAAUAAUACUCUCAUAAUACGAAAACCUGAGAGCCAGUGAGUACAGAGUACUUGUGUUGUGUACCACGAUGCUCGUUUCUUUUGUCAUGAAUAAAAACAGUAAUUAUCACCUCUUGAAGCACUGGCGAAAAUAUGAUGGGAGAAAGCAUAGAAAGUCUAGUAAUUAAGUGACAGUAAUACAGUUGACAAUCAUUUGAAA